AUGGAUUUUUCAAGUCCAAAAUCUACGCCUACCGAAAAUACACCUUUACUUAAUACUAACCAAAAGAAUCAAGAAGAACUUAAUGUUUUUCAACCUCCAUCAAAAAUAGACACUUUUAUUAAUUCCUUAUCUCAGUUAUUUAAUUCUGAAACAACAAACACUUCAAACACUACCACUCAAGAAAUAUUACCAACACCAACUCAAUUCACAAAAUUACCUGAAUUCAGCAAAGUUCAAAACCAGUAUAAAGAGAAAAAGCAAAAAUAUCAAAAAAGAAAAGGGUCUUAUGAAGCAUUAAGAAGUAACUGA